AUGAGUGGGGAUUUUAAAAGGCCGAUACCUAUUGUCUGUGAAGAUCCCUUGCUUAGUCAUCUUAUCCUUAUAUUAACUGGUGGUUUUCACCUUCAUUUAACCCGUUACGCUUACGAGAAAUAUAAGACAAUAUUUGAGGGUUACCAGCGUCAUCGUCAGAUAGACACCAACCAAUCAGUCAAAUCAGUCAUCAAAGAAGAACCAAAGCAGCCAAAUGUCACUGUCUUACCUUCAAACGAGGAUAAAAAUGUAUCUGGGUGUCCAUCAAGCGUUAAAAACUUAACAUCCAAAAGUGAAGAGAAUGAUGAAUUAAAAGUCUAUCAGGCAGAUCCCGAUUGCUACAACGGAGCCAUUAGAGAUAAUUACACAUGGAGCCAAACUAUCAAGGAUAUUGAUAUUAAAAUUAAGAUACCAGAAAACGUGGAUGCUCGCAAUGUUUCUGUAAAUAUUGAACGCAAACAUAUUCAUGUUUCAGUUCAAAAAGACAAAAAAGAGAUUUUUUGUUUCGAUGGAGAUCUGUGUUGGGAGAUUCACAAGAAUGAUGCUAUCUGGACCUUCCACUCUAAAGAAAAUCAAAUCCAGCUGUGUCUUGACAAGAUUCAGGAACGGUGGUGGGAGGCAGCUUUUGAUGGAGAAGACAAACUAAACACUCGGAAAAUUGAUUGCUCUCGGCCUAUGCACGAACUAGACGAUGAGGCGCAGGCUAAAAUCCAACAGUUAAUGUAUGAUGAGCAGCGCAAGCGCCAGGGACUACCUACCAUCGAGCAAGAAAAAAUGCAAAACAUACUUGCACAUGCUUGGAACAAGGAAGGUUCGCCUUUUAAAGGAACUCCGUAUGACCCUAGUCAAGUCAAACUAGAGGGUACAAGUAUGCACAUUCAAACACAACCGAUGUGA